AUGCAAAGCUCAGCCACGUCGCCGCCCACGGCAUCCGCUGCCAGUUCAGCACCCGUCCAUGAGUUCAUCUGCCUGUUCACACACGAUCUCCGCCGCAAGCAGAAGAGAUGGCAGGACGGCCGCCUCAAAUUUCACACGCACAACAGUCGUGUCAUGGUUCAUGACGAGCAUGGAAACACCGUUGGGGACACUCAUUGGCGCAAGGACCAUGGCCUCGAUGUCGGGGAGUUGCUUACUCUCGACCGUGGCGGCAUCAUCGUCGAAGUCGGAGAUUUGGUAGCCACCCGAAAUCAGGAUCUCUCUGAGCUCGUCGACAAAAGAAUAAAAGAAAAGGUUGACCGUCUAGCUGCGGCGGCCGCCCGAAGACCAAAUAUCCCCCGGCCGCCAGCCGUGGGCUUGCCCACACCAACAAGGUCGAUGUACCCUCAGACAAGUACAAAACCUCUACAACAGGUUGUUGGAACCCCAACAGGUCACCACGGGCGCGCGG